AUGCUCCACUGUAUCACUAGCAGGAACUUAGAGGUGGUGGAGAACUUCCUGGGAGAAACAUACAGAAAAACACCAAUGGAGAGACUAUUGGGACACACUUUCAGGAAAACAUCUCUGGAGGGCUUCAUGGGAGAAACAUAUGAUGAAACAUCUCUGGAGGACUUCAUGAAUAGAAUCAUGGAGAAUACCCUCUGGAGUCCAAAUGGCCACCUGGACCUCUUUGCUCGCUUCCUUCAUGGCCUCAUUGUGAAGUCCAACCACAAACUUUUAGAUUUUCUACUGGGUCAGAUGGAGACCAGUCCAGAAACCAUCCAGAGAGUCAUCAACAAUCUGAAGGAGAUGAACACUGAUAGAAUCUCUACUGACAGAAGAAUCAACAUCUUCUACUGUCUGAUGGAGAUGAAGGACCUCUCACUAUUUCAGGAGAUCCAACAGCUCCUAGAAUCAGGAAAAAAGGUCUCAGAGAUCCAGUGCUCAACUCUGGCCUGCAUGCUGCAGAUGUCAGAUGUUUUGGAUCAGUUGGACCUGGAGAAGUACAACACAUCAGAGGGAGGACGACGUAGACUGGUUCCAGCUGUGAGGAACUGCAGAAAGGCUCGACUUGGUGGCUGUUCUCUCAAUAAGGCUGACUGUGAAAUUGUGGCCUCAGCUCUGAAGUUCAACCUUCAUCUGACUGAAGUGAUAAUAGAUGAGAUCAGAGGAGAGGAAACUUUUGGAGACUCUGGAAUGAAGCGUCUGUGUGAGAUACUGGAGAGUUCAAUCUGCAAAGUGAAGAAACUGAG